AUUUUUACUGACCAAAUCGUUAGAUGGCCGCUACUAGAGACAACUAUGCUGAAGAAGACAAGUAUCAACAGGAAAUGCAAGAAGACGCUGAGAACCAAGAGCCUUCUCUUGAAGAGUACAUAGAAAUACUUUCAGCUCAUCAAAAAUAAAUGCGAGGAAGAAGGAAAAUAUGUUGAAGCUGAGAUGGCUAUGAACCGAGUCAAGGAACUCAAGGAGCAGCUAAAGAAUAGAGAUAGUGAAGAUCUUCAACUACAGCAUGAGAGUGAUCUUGCUGAGCUAGAAGAGACCCAUAUCCAAGAGUUUAAUGCUUUCAAUCAGGAAUGGGAUAAGAUAAUGAACCAGUUUCAGAUUCAUGCUUCCGAGAUGAUAAGAGGGCUUGAAGAAAAGCAUGACCAGCAGCUUCAGGAGGAAAGAGACAAAUUUGAAGAGAAGCUAGGAGAUAGAUUUAAAAAGUCCCCAGAAUUGCUAUCUCUAAUUUCAACUCAAAAGAACUUGGCAAGACAAAAAGAGUAUCGAGAAGCGCACAAAAUUCAAAUUGAGGCUCAGGAACUAGAGCAAAAGGAAAGAGAGAGAUACUAUGAAGACAGACAAAAGAGAAUAGAGAUGCACGAAGCUAAGAUUAUCCAAUCUCAAGAGAGAGAAAUGGAAUCCCUUCGUAAAAAGAUCAUCGCAGGUGAAAAUGAACAGAAAAAGGAAAGAGCAUUGAAACUUGAGAGAAUGUUCCAACAAGGUCAGCAGAGAAAAGAUAAGAAUUCUCUGAAGAGAGGACAAGCUAAUUUCAACCCAAAUCUGUCACAGAUGAGUAGAGCUAGUGGACGCUCCCAGGCAUCCUCUAUUGGGAAUGUCAAUCGUUCCGCUCAAAAGAAGAGGCCAUCGAAUACUUCAUCCAGAAAAGUUAUUUAG